AGUUUGACAUCAAAAAAUCCGUUCCGUCCAAUUCAUACGAGCAGUAUUUUUUUCGCAAAAAGAGAUUAUUAUGAAAUAUUAGGCCUCAAAAAUGAUGCCACUACUAAUGAUAUCAAGAAAGCCUAUUAUGAAUUGGCAAAAAAAUAUCACCCAGAUGUAAACAAAGAUCCUGGUGCAAGUGCUCGUUUUCAAGAAGUUUCUGAAGCCUAUGAGAUAUUAAGUGAUGAAACAAAACGCGCCCAGUAUGAUCAUUAUGGAUCUAGUUCAUUUUUCAAUCAGGGAGCUGGUAAUAAAACGGCGAAUGGAUGGCAUUACCAGUCUGCUACUGAUCCAGAAGAGCUGUUCAGGAAAAUAUUUGGUGAUCGGAAUCCUUUUGCUGAUUUUGCCAGUAGCUUUGGAAAAGAAUUUGCUGAAACUGACUAUGGUUUUGAAGCUUCGCAACAGCAUGUAAUGAAUCUCACAUUUGAAGAAGCAGCACGAGGGGUUACCAAAACAAUAUCAGCAAAUGUUGUUGAAGAUUGUAUGAUGUGCCAUGGUUCUGGAGUCCAGCCUGGUUAUAAAAAGGUUUCAUGCCCAUAUUGUAAUGGUACCGGUUUCGUGACACAGCGUAUGGGUGGUUUUUAUAUGCAAACCACAUGCAGUCGUUGUCGAGGAUCCGGCUCUUUUAAUAAAAAUCCAUGCCUUACUUGUGAGGGUCAUGGGCGUUCUGUUCAGCGGCGGUCCAUGCAGUUCACAGUUCCAGCGGGUGUCAGUGACGGCGAAACUGUCCGCGCAAAUCUGGGAAAUAAUACGAUCUAUAUCACUUUUAAAGUUGCAUCUUCAAAGCGAUUCAAACGAGAUAAAUUUGAUAUUCAUUGUGACGUUGAAAUUUCUUUAGCGCAGGCUGUAUUGGGUGGUACAGUUCAAGUACCUGGAAUAGAGGAAGAUACCUACAUACAAAUUCCACCUGGUACUAGUUCGCAUACAAAACUUCGACUCACAGGUAAAGGUAUAAAACGGCUGAACCAAACUGGUCGAGGUGAUCAAUACAUCAAUAUUAAAAUAAUAGUGCCCAAGAAUUUAAAUGAUAAGCAAAAAGCAUUAAUGCAAGCGUGGGCUGAAUUCGAAGACACUCCAGGAACUGUGAAUGGAAUCAAAUAUUCAGUUGAAGGAGCCGAAUUUGCGAAAUCGCCCAAGCGGGCUGAAUUUGUCAGUGAUGAAAAGUUUAUGAAAGAGAGAGAUCGUAAUAGAGGAGAAGAAGAAAAAGAAGGAUUGUUUAAUCGUAUUAAAAAAGCAAUUUUCGGUUGA